CUUCGCUCCAUUGCAGCCCGCGGGUUCUCCGCCCGUUACCAAGAUGGCGGCAGAGGCAGCCGGUGGCAAGUACCGAGGCACAGUCAGCAAAAGCAAAGACCCCUCGGGGCUGCUCAUCUCUGUGAUCAGAACGCUGUCUACCAGUGAUGAUGUUGAAGACAGAGAAAAUGAGAAGGGUCGCCUUGAAGAAGCCUAUGAGAAAUGUGAUCGUGACCUGGAUGAACUGAUUGUGCAGCACUAUACAGAAUUGACGACAGCUAUCCGCACAUACCAGAGCAUCACAGAGCGCAUCACCAACUCCCGAAAUAAAAUAAAGCAGGUCAAAGAAAAUCUGCUUUCAUGCAAGAUGCUGCUGCACUGCAAACGGGAUGAGCUUCGCAAACUGUGGAUUGAAGGAAUUGAACAUAAGCAUGUCUUGAACCUGCUGGAUGAAAUUGAGAAUAUCAAGCAAGUGCCUCAGAAGCUGGAACAGUGCAUGGCCAGCAAGCACUAUCUCAGUGCCACCGACAUGCUGGUGUCAGCAGUCCAGUCUUUGGAGGGCCCCCUGCUCCAAGUAGAAGGACUGAGUGACCUUAGGCUGGAGCUUCACAGCAAGAAGAUGAAUCUUCACUUGGUUCUCAUAGAUGAACUGCACCGGCACCUGUACAUCAAAUCCACCAGCCGAAUUGUGCAGCGUAACAAGGAAAAAGGGAGAAUGAGCACCCUUGUGAAAGAUGCUUCUCCUAUUCCUCUGAUUGAUGUUACAAACCUUCCUACACCUCGAAAAUUUCUUGAUACCUCUCAAUAUUCGACACCUGGAAGCUCGACACCUGUGAGGGAGAUAAACCUACAGGACAUCAAAGAGGAUUUGGACUUGGAUCCAGAGGAGAACAGCACCCUUUUUAUGGGCAUCCUCAUCAAGGGGCUUGCCAAACUGAAGAAGAUCCCAGAGACAGUGAAGGCCAUCAAAGAACGCUUGGAGCAGGAGCUCCAACAGAUCGUGAAGAGGUCUACAACCCAGGUGGCGGACAGUAGCUAUCAGAGGGGAGAGAACCUCACUGCGGACAACCAACCAAGGUUACUUCUGGAGCUGCUGGAGUUGCUGUUUGACAAGUUUAAUGCUGUAGCCACUGCACACUCUGUGGUCCUGGGAUACCUGCAGGACACCGUCGUGGCCCCACUGCCUCAGCAGGAAGAUGUCAAACUGUACGACAUGGCAGAUGUGUGGGUGAAGAUCCAGGAUGUCCUCCAGAUGCUGUUGACUGAGUACUUGGACAUGAAAAAUACUCGUACGGCCUCUGAACCAUCAGCUCAAUUGAGUUACGCCAGCACUGGACGGGAGUUCGCAGCCUUUUUUGCCAAGAAGAAACCUCAAAGGCCGAAAAAUUCUCUUUUCAAGUUUGAAUCGUCCUCCCACGCCAUCAGCAUGAGCGCCUACUUGCGAGAGCAGAGACGGGAGCUCUACAGUCGGAGUGGAGAACUCCAAGGUGGUCCUGAUGAUAAUUUAAUUGAAGGUGGAGGAACAAAAUUUGUCUGCAAACCUGGAGCCAGAAAUAUUACUGUCAUAUUCCAUCCGCUACUAAGGUUCAUUCAGGAAGUUGAGCAUGCCUUGGGACUUGGGCCAGCCAAACAGUGUCCUCUCCGAGAGUUCCUCACUGUGUACAUCAAAAACAUCUUUCUCAAUCAAGUCUUGGCUGAGAUCAACAAGGAGAUUGAAGGAGUCACGAAAACAUCAGAUCCCCUGAAGAUCCUGGCCAACGCAGACACCAUGAAGGUGCUGGGUGUGCAGCGCCCUCUGCUGCAGAGCACAAUCAUUGUGGAGAAGACAGUGCAAGACCUGCUGAAUCUGAUGCAUGACUUGAGCGCGUACUCAGACCAGUUCCUCAACAUGGUGUGCGUGAAGCUCCAGGAGUAUAAGGACACCUGCACGGCGGCCUACAGGGGCAUCGUCCAGUCAGAAGAAAAACUUGUCAUCAGUGCAUCUUGGGCAAAAGAUGAUGAUAUCAGCAGACUCUUGAAAUCUCUACCCAACUGGAUCAAUAUGGCUCAGCCCAAACAGCUGAGGCCAAAGAGAGAAGAUGAAGAAGAUUUCAUAAGGGCAGCCUUUGGCAAGGAGUCAGAAGUUCUUAUUGGGAACCUGGGUGAUAAAUUAAUCCCUCCACAAGACAUCCUGCGUGACGUCAGUGACCUCAAAGCCUUGGCCAACAUGCAUGAGAGCCUGGAAUGGUUAGCAGGCCGAACAAAGUCAGCCUUCUCCAAUCUUUCCACAUCCCAGAUGCUUUCUCCUGCUCAAGAUGGUCACACGAACAUGGACCUGCCCCCGGUGUCGGAGCAGAUCAUGCAGACCCUGAGCGAGCUUGCCAGAUCUUUCCAGGACAUGGCCGACCGCUGCCUGCUGGUGCUGCAUCUGGAAGUCAGGGUUCACUGUUUCCACUAUCUCAUCCCUCUUGCAAAGGAGGGGAACUAUGCCAUCGUUGCCAACGUGGAAAGCAUGGACUAUGACCCUCUAGUGGUCAAGCUCAACAAAGACAUCAGUGCCAUCGAAGAGGCCAUGAGUGCCAGCCUGCAGCAGCACAAGUUCCAGUACAUCUUUGAAGGCCUAGGACACCUGAUCUCCUGCAUCCUCAUUAAUGGUGCCCAGUACUUCCGGCGCAUCAGUGAGUCUGGCAUCAAGAAAAUGUGCAGGAACAUUUUUGUUCUUCAGCAGAAUUUAACCAACAUCACCAUGUCACGGGAGGCAGACCUGGACUUUGCAAGGCAGUACUACGAGAUGCUGUACAACACGGCUGACGAGCUCCUGAACCUGGUGGUGGACCAGGGCGUGAAGUACACGGAGCUGGAGUACAUCCAUGCCCUGACCUUGCUGCACCGCAGCCAGACGGGCGUGGGAGACCAGACCACCCAGAACACGAGGCUGCAGCGGCUCAAGGAGAUCAUCUGUGAGCAGGCCGCCAUCAAGCAGGCCACCAAGGAUAAGAAGAUAACCACGGUGUAGCGGGGGCUGGAGGGGGGGUACUGCGUGGGGUCAGGGGUGGGGGAUGGUCACUUCUGGUUAUUUAGUCAAACUUAUACUUACUUUUUUCUUUGGCAUGUUAUUUGGUAUAUUCUGAGCUGACGUCAUGGAGAGAUGCUUUAGUGGAGAGAAGGUGUAAGGAUUAUUUUCCUCUUCAGUUUUGGCUUUUCAUAUACACUCCAAAGGGAGUUUGCAGUACAGAAUGUUUUGAUUUAACAUCUACUUUGAUGAGGUCGAUUCCAAAGGGACUUGGGUGGGACCGAGAGGAAGGUUGUGUCAAUGGGACUCUGAGAAAAUAAAUGCACGAGUUACUACUGCCCAGCAGUCUUUGGGGGCAGGCUGCUACCUAAGCCUCCGUCUCUUCCUAAAUCUGCUUCACAGGUUCUCUUGCAGGAACAGUAGGGAUCUUACCCUCUUGACCUUGUCAGUUUUCAGUUCAGUGAGAUAAGUGCAUGUGCAUUGCUUUCUGUCUCAGUUGCCAAGAUCAAAUGAGUGGCUUCUCUGCUGGAUGGAGCUCUCAGCAAACUUGCCUGAGCAGCACAGGAGCGCCUCAGGGCUGGGGGAGAGCCCUCUGUAUGUUUUGUUGUUGUUGUUUGUUUUGUUUUUUUAUUUCAGAGGGGAAGGGAGAGGGAGAGAGAGAAACAUCAAUGAUGAAAGAGAAUCAUUGAUUGGCUACCUCCUGCACGCCCUCUACUGGGGAUCGAGCCUGCAACCUGGGCAUGUGCCCUGACCCAGAAUCGAACCGUGACCUCCUGGUUCAUAGGUUGAUGCUCAACCACUGAGCCUCGCCGGCCAGGCAUGCCCUCUGUGUUUUAUAUGCAGUGGCUCGUCCACAGCUUAUGAGUUGGUCUUUUACCUUUUAAUUUUUAUUUCUGCCAUAUCAAAACCAAGAGCCAUCAAAUUAAUGACAAAAAUGGCAGAAUGAAAGGUGAUUCAGUCGUCUUCUUGAUUUUCUCCCCACACUUUCUGGGAAAAUAAUGGCUACAAAACUUUUCAUCUCACUGGACACAUUGGGUGUGAACGAUGCUUAGGUGCUCAUUUACCCUCCUAUGAGCCCCUCGGUCUUUCUCACCUUAGGAAGUAGCCCCGUCUGCUCAGCUGAGUGCUAGGAGAGGGGCAGCUAUGGCAUCCCCCCUCCGUGUGCCAGCCAGCGAGUCCCUGUCUGAAAUGCUCCUGAAAUGCCCCUGCCACAUGGCCUCACCACUGUUCCAGGGCUGCCACGUGCUCUUGGCACCCUUGGGUGAUCUGUCACAGAAGAAAGAGGGGUGCUGACUGCGACACGCCUUGAACACAGGUGGGAGGGAGAGCAGCAGGGACUUUGAUGCACAUGGCCCUUCCUCACGCCCUAAUGGUCCAGAAUUUGACACCUGUUUGUACAACUUUGGUCUUGGUGGGAACAAGAGAACAUUAAAGUGUUUGAGAAGCUUAAA